CACUUUUGAAACUAAAAAGCGCGCCAAGAAAAGUUGCUCUCAUGGCAAUCGACUGUCUCGUCCUCGGCGCAGGGCAGGAGGUGGGAAAGAGCUGCGUGGUGGUGUCCAUCAAUGGGAAGCGAAUCAUGUUCGACUGCGGGAUGCACAUGGGCUUUCUCGACCAUCGCCGAUACCCCGAUUUCUCUCUCAUCCCCAUGCCCGACAAAGGCUCGAACUUCGACGACGCCCUUGAUUGCAUCAUCAUCACCCAUUUUCACUUGGAUCAUGUUGGUGCUCUUCCUUACUUCACUGAAGUUUGUGGAUACCGUGGACCCAUUUACAUGACG